UGGGGUACAGCAAUGGAUUGUAUCAAUGUUAUCUGAUGUUCAGUACUAAGUCAUUUAACGCUUUCUUCGUAAAUUAUUUAAUGAGGAAGUUUUUGAUUAAUUUGCGCCAGUAGAGCGCAGAAUAUCAAUUCUUGCCCGUGCUUUUGUUUGUAAUUGUGUCCUUUAAGGUUAUAGAGAGACGUUGUAGCGUUGUGACAGCUUAUCUUUUGGUUUUAUAGUUAAGUUAAAACGCCCUACUGCAGCAAAAAGCACAUUUUAGAGUGGUGGCUCCUGUGCUCCCCGACUUGGUGACCGCCCUUCUUUGUUAGCUGCUGCGGCUAAUGACCCUUGUAUGUUUUCCUCACAUGCAUUUUCAUGUAUCAAAUCAACCAAUGGCUUGGAUCUCUUAGUGUCAGAUAUUUACUAUUCGGUGUUUAAUUUUGAAAUGGUUUUCACUACUGCUGGACGAGCAGAAAUACUGCGAGCAAGUCAGAAAGAUGAACUGGUGUCUGAAAAAAUGCGAUCACAGUUGGCAGAAGUGUUGCUAAGGACAUUGGGCAGUCAUUGGUUUCGUAAAUACAGUAAAUGGACUUCAGUUGGUUCAAGAAACCUGUAUUAUGCUUUAACUACAUUAAGUGGUUUUCAAACACUAGGAGAGGAGUACACUGGAAUUGUAAUGGUUGACCGGUCACUGAGGAAAGUUCCAAGCAAAUUUGAAAGAUUUGUGAUGAUUUCUGCACAAUGUGAAGGACUACUACUACUUACUUGGUUAAUGAAGAAAUUACGAGUGUACAUAGAUAAACUGCCAUCAACAAGUGAUGCUGAUGAGGAAGCAUGCCAGAAAGCAUCAAAACUGAUGCUAUUGUCUGAAAAGUGUUUACCAUUUUUUGAGAAGAUACAUACUACAUUGUUUUACUUAAAUGGCACAUACUUAGCAUUGUCCAAGCGUUUAACAGGAAUUCGAUAUGUUCUUCAUCACCACUGGAUCAAAGAUCACAGCACAGAUACCGUAUUCAAAGCAGUGUUAAUUUCAUCUGUUACAUACUUAUUACUUGCAUUGUAUCACGGAUAUAGAAAACUUUUACAUGAGUUUUCACAUUCAGAAGAAAAAACACAGUAUUCUACUAAUAUCCAAAGAAUUAAAGGACAUACUUGUUCAUUAUGCUUGGAAGAAUUAGCCAGUCCAUCAACAACAACAUGUGGUCAUGUGUUUUGUUGGUCCUGUAUUUUGGAGUGGCUGAAAUCACAGGAACAGUGCCCUGUAUGCAAAGAUGUGGUAACUCCUAACAGAGUGAUAAUGCUACAGAAUUUUCCAUGAGCUAAAAUUUGAUUACUUCUUUAAUUAUUGAGGAUUGACAGUUUAUAAACAAUGCCAUUCAUAGUGAUUGUGCUGUGAUGAGAUUACAUAUGUUUCUAGUCCACUUCCUUCUGUACAUGGAAAAAGCUGUUUAUAAUUAAAAUUAAAC